AAAAUUGUAAUUCAUUCGAGGUAGGAAUGGAACUCAGCAGUGUGAACCGCAUCGAACAACUUUUGCAAGAGGAAGACCAAGAAGCAGUUGCAAGAGAUAUACAAAAGUUUCGUGAAUUAUAUGACGCAGAGUUAGAAAAGGCGGUUGUAGACCCUAGCUUAGUAUUUCAACUUGCCUGGGCUCUUGUGAGAAGCAACCGUAAGAAAGAAAUCAAAGAAGGAUCCGUCCUUUUUCAACUUUUGGUUGAUAAGCAAUACCGUAUUCGAGAGUCCUUAUUUUUCCUCUCUUUUGCGCAGUACAAACUUGGAGAUACUGUGACUGCUAGAAGAAACUUAAAACAGUUCUUGGAACGUUUUCCUGAGAGCAGACAAGGCAAUCAGUUGAUGAGGUUGAUUGAAGGAAAGAUACAACAAGAUGCAUAUGUAGGAAUGGGAGUUGUUGGGGCUGUCAUAGUUGGGAUUGUUGGUCUUUGUGUCGCAGCUUUUUCGAAAGGAAAGAGUUAAGUACCGUUUCUAUGGUAAAACAUACGAAAAUAUCUCUCUAGUCUUCUAAUCGAGCAAUUUUAGAGUCGAAGAAAUAAGGCAAGCCAUGUAAACGUUUGAGGUCUAUCACAGCUGGGAAGUCCACGUUGUAUUUUCAGACUCAGCACGUGCAUAAAGUUGAUCACUUUUGUAAUGGAAAUCUUGACUAUCAAACGCGAGCCAAGAUUCCUCAGUUGUACAUAAUAAAUACUUUUAUCUCUCGGCAGCCAUUGCGACUUUGUCAAAUAACUUGUGGCAUAUCUCUUCUAGAAUAAGAUAGGACUUGUAUGGAAUUGUCUUGGAAACAAGCCACAUUUUCCAAUAGUAUAUGUUAUAUUGUCGCAAGUCAACCAAAUGCACUUUUUCACUUGGUGAUACACUCCUAAAAGAAACCUACUUGGAGAGGUCUCUGUAGUAGUGGUAAAAUUGUGUUAUUAAUU